GGUGGAAGGCUAGAAACGUCGGGUGACAACAAAAGACACGAAGCUUUGGGGACCAGAAGAACUGAUGAGAAAGAGAAGAAGCCUGAGUGGGGUUGAGACACCAUCCACUGGCUGAUAAGAUAUAUCAGUACUUAGGAGACCUGAAUGAACGAGCAGCUGAAAUUGGUUAUGAGCAAGACUUUUAUGGCCUUUUGAACAAUGUGGAACAAGGACAAAGUGACCCAUCUGCAUUCAUUCACAGUGAGAAACUGGCCAUUGCUUUUGGCCUCCUGAGUUUACCUGAUGCAAUUCCUGUUCGUGUGAUUAAGAAUCUUCGUGUUUGUAAUGAUUGCCAUAAUUGGAUAAAAUAUGUGUCCAAGAUAUCAAAUCGAGCUAUUAUAGUGCGAGAUGCAUAUCGCUUUCAUCAUUUUGAAGGUGGUUCUUGUUCAUGUAAAGAUUACUGGUAAAUGGAACUGCAUGAAGAUUGCUGGGAAAUGGGUUCUAUGGUUCUAGAAAAUGCACUUCAAUGCCAAAGGAUCAUUAGCCCCUAUGUUCAUUCACUGUUAGUGAAAGAAUGAAGAAUGUGGUAAGAAUAAACCAUGGAAUGGGAUCUAUGUUUCUGGAAAAUGCACUUCAAUGUCAAAGGAUCAUUAGCCCGAUGUUCAGUCAACAUCAGUGAAAGAAUGAAAGGAUGUGGAAGCAUCCUUCAAGCUAUCCACCUCUAUUCUUAUUUGAGAGUUGUGUUUGACCAUGUGGAGAUUGCGGGGUCAAAAUGUCAACAUUCCGCAGGAACCCAGAACUAGCUGGUUCUUCUGACUCUUCUACUGGCUCGAAGCCAUGGUGCUUUGGAAAAAAUACAAGUGGAACCACCCAAUUUCUUCUGCAGAUCAGUUCACCAUAGUUAUUAAAGUGGUUGCUCUUACGUUUCUCCUCAUCAUAUUAUUCUUUCUGUGAGUAUCUCUGCCUGUUCAUUUAGGAAGCUACUAUACAAGUAUUCAAUGCAAGUAUUCAUUUAGGAAAAGCCAGAAUAUGAGUGUUCAUUUAGGAAGCCAGGAAGUAACCUUUCUUACCAUCAUAUCAAGCCAUAUCUUCUCUCAUCCAUUGUGGUCAACAUGGAGGUACAAUAGGGAGAGAAAGCACAUAUUGCUGCUUACAUUCUCACAUUAUUUCUUUUAACGACCUUGUUACAUUUUGCUAGAUCUGCAAAUCGUUUGUAAAAAAUAAUUGAUUGUUUAAAUUUACAAAUUGUUAUUGUCAUGUUUUGACCUAUGAUGCAUGCAUUCGGUUGGGAAUAAGGGUACACAGUUAUGCCAACCCAUAACUGCCCAGGCUGAAGAGAAAGAUGGAGGAACUGCCCAGCCUAGCUGGAUGCUUCGAGGCUUCAAUGAAGCUGUUGAAACUUGUGGGCUAACUGAGGUUCACAUGGUUGGAGGCUCUUUUACUUGGAGGAGGAAGAUCCUUGAGAAACUUGAUAGAGGGCUUGCUUCCGCUAGUUGGAAGGGGUUAUUUUCUCGGGCAAAAAUUCAAUUGCUACCACCGCUAUCCUCUGAUCAUAAUCCUCUAUGGCUAGUUCUUGACGGACGUAAGGAGCGCAUGAACUCUCAUCGGAAAAGAUUUCGUUUUGAAGAAAUGUGGUUGCGGGAUACUGGUUGUUAUGAGGUAGUUCGGACUGGCUGGCAAUCAAUUGAAAGGGAGGGCAGUUGGAGCUGUCUCUUGCAGAAGGUGCGUGAGUGUUCGAAAGGCUUGGAGUUAUGGAAUUCCAAGCAAUUUGGCCAUGUGCAGCAGCGUUUAAAGCAGUGCUCCAAGAGACUCCAGAAUUUGCAAAAUCAGGUAUGCUCGGAGGCAACGAGUCUUGUAGAAAAAGGCAUUCUGGAUGAGACCGAGGAAUGGUUGGAAGGGGAGGAGAUUAUGGAAUUGAAUCGUUGGUUAAAAGAAAAAAGAAAAAAACGAAAAAAACAAACAGAAAGAAAAGAGAAAAGAAACGUAGUCACAGAAUCACUGGAUAGGAGCUAUGUCGGUGGUGAAGGCCCAAGAAGGAUAAUGAUUUGCGGGACGAAAGUGGGGGGCGAAAAUGGGAGCCGACAAGUGAAGACAAGUGAAGUUGGUUAAAUUACAAAAUUAUCCAUUUAACCGACUUCACUUGUCGGCUCCCAUUUUCGUUCCCCACUUUCGUCCCGCAAAUCAUUAUCCGCCCAAGAAAUGUUUUAUGUCCAA